AGGUACUUCGGGGUGGAUCUGACGAGCGGCGCGCUGCUGGUGAGCGAGCGGAUAGACCGGGAGGAGCUCUGCGGAGCGCUCUCUCCCUGCUCCCUCAGCUUUGAGAUCGUGGUGGAAAACCCGCUGGAGCUGUACAGCGGCGCCGUGGAGAUCCUGGACAUCAAUGAUAACGACCCGGUUUUUCCCAGCAGCCAAGCGAGGCUGGAAAUCAGCGAGUCUGUGGCGGCCGGAGCGCGCUUCCCGCUAGAGAGCGCGCAAGACCCCGAUGUGGGGAUUAACUCUUUACAGACCUACCAGCUCAGUGCCAACCCGCACUUCGCUCUCGACGUGCAGACGAGGGUAGAUGGCAGCAAGUAUGCGGAACUGGUGCUGGAGAAGGAGCUGGACAGGGAGGAGCAAAGGGAGCUACACUUGGUCUUGACCGCGCUGGAUGGAGGCAGCCCACCACGUUCAGCCCACGUGCAGAUCCAUAUUGACGUUGUGGAUGCCAAUGAUAACGCCCCGGUCUUCAACCAGUCCACCUACAAAGCAAGCGUGAGGGAAAACAUGCCCAGCGGUACGCUGGUCACCAAGAUCCAUGCAUACGAUCUGGAUGAUGGCCCCAAUGGGGACAUUGUCUAUUCCUUCAGCAGCCACACACCAGCCAAGGUACGAGAACUCUUUGCUCUGGACUCAGCCACAGGGGAGUUGAGGGUCAAUGGACAGCUGGACUAUGAGGAGAUGAAGCUGUAUGAGAUUUACUUACAGGGUAAAGACAAGGGUGCCGUUCCUGGCGUGGCUCAUUGCAAAGUGCUGGUGGAAAUCGUGGAUGUGAAUGACAAUGCUCCUGAGGUGACAGUGACUUCUGUGUACAGCCCUGUGCCUGAGGAUGCAGCCCCAGGGACGGUUGUAGCUCUGCUGAGUGUAAUGGACUUGGACUCCCAUGACAACGGUCUGGUGAACUGCUUCAUUUCCCCUGGGAUACCGUUCAUGCUCAGCUCCUCCCUCAAAAAUUACUACACGUUGAAAACAAAAACAGUUCUGGACCGGGAAAAGGCAUCGGAGUAUAACAUCACUAUCACAGCCAGAGACUCAGGCUCACCACCCUUGUCUGCAGUAAAACAGAUCCUGGUGCAGGUGUCAGAUGUCAACGACAACACACCCAAGGCUUCCCAGGACUCCUAUGAUGUCUAUGUGCUGGAGAACAACAUGCCUGGCAUUCCCAUUCUUAACGUAAGCGCCACAGAUCCGGACCUUGGGCGCAACGCCCAUCUCUCUUAUAGCCUCUUGCAGGGUGACCCCACUGUAGGACACCUUUUCUCCAUCAACCGGGAAAAUGGCACGCUCUAUCUGCUCACCUCCCUGGACCACGAGGACCAGGUGGAGUUCAGCAUGAUGGUGCAGGUCCAGGAUGGUGGCUCUCCACCUCUGGCCACCAAUGUCUCAGUCAGUGUGUUUGUCACUGACCUCAAUGACAAUGCCCCAACUGUGCUGUACCCUCACCCCAACACAACUGCCACCUAUACCGAUAUGGUGGCACCAGGCACUCCUGCUGGGCACAUGGUCACCAAAGUGGUGGCAGUGGAUGCGGAUGAAGGGUACAAUGCCUGGAUCUCCUAUACCCUGUUGCAGGCCACUGACCCCAGCCUCUUCUCAGUUGGGCUGCACAGUGGGGAGAUCUUCACGGCCCGCCAGCUCCGGGAGGAUGAUGCUCUCCAGCACAUCCUAGUCAAAAAACCCGUGCUGUCCGCCAGUGCCACUGUCUCUAUCUCUGUGGCUGAGAUGGUCAAGGAGGUGCUCACUGACCUCGCUGAUGUGGCACCUGCCAACGAUCCCAGGAAGCAUGUGACCUUCUAUCUCAUCCUGGCUGUGAUUUUGGUGUCAGCAGCUUUCUUCAUCACCAUGUUGUCAGUGGGCAUCUUCAAGUGCUACAAGUGGAGGCAGUCAAAGGAGCUGUUUAACAGCUCCAGGAGCACCUUGUACAGGACACCAGGGCCCUUCCACCACAUUGAUGCUGUGCGGGGUGGCUUCACGCCACCCAACUUCUACCAGCAGGUCUAUCUCACCACAGACUCUCGCCAGAGUGAGCUCCUCUGUAAAAAGCCUUUCACUUCCAGCCCCCUGGGGAGCCGCCAGAGCACCAUGAGGAAUGGUGAACCAGGGCUGUACCACCAGAUUGUGGGUACCACCUGCCGGCUCCCCACACCUGCUGAGGUAAUGUAG